AUGGCAUGUCUACAAGUAGCAUCUGAUGAGGAUGGAUCAUUUUCAGAUGAACAAGAUGAUAAUGAAAUACAGCCAUACAAGUUUGAGCCAUCCACAUAUGAGUCUUCUGACUCUAGUGAAGAUGAUCAUGAUGAAACAAGGCUGCAAGAUACUGCUUGGAAUAUGGAUGUUCUUGCACCAGAAAAUGAUGGUCAUGGAAGUCCUUUUCUACCACUACCACCUGUUGCAGCCGGUGGAGGUCAUGGAGGUCCUCCACCACCACCACCAGGACAUGUUGCUGGUGGUCAUGGUCCUCCUCCACCACCACCACCACCAGUCGCACCGGUUGUAGCCGGCGGCCAUGGAGGUCCUCCACCACCACCACCAGUUCCGGCACCUGCAGGCCAUUAA